GAGAACGAAGGGACCCCAGUUGCGAGUCGCUGGUCGAACGAAGCCGGAAGAUGGAUGACACGGAACAAGUGAAAAUGCUCAGAAGAGCCUUCUCCAUGUUCGACUCCGCGAAGGCGGGUCGGAUCGAGAAGGAAAAAGUUCGAACGAUCCUGAACACCCUGGGGCACACUUUCGACGACCACGAGCUCGAGGUGCUGCUCAAGCAAGAGGACGACGACGGUAGCGGUAAAUUAAACUUCGACUCGUUCUUCCGUGUGGCCUCUCACUUCCAAGAGGAGGACGACGAGGCGCUGCAAAAGGAGCUGAAGGAGGCUUUCAGGCUCUACGACAAGGAAGGCAACGGCUAUAUUCCCACCAGCUCUCUGCGCGAGAUCCUCGCCGCCCUCGAUGACCAAAUAACGCCCGAUCAAAUGGACGGCAUGAUCGCUGAAAUUGACACCGACGGCUCCGGAACUGUUGACUUUGACGAAUUCAUGGAGAUGAUGACCGGCGACUAAGCAUCACCGCGGGAUUCGCCAUACGUUGUAAGAGAAACGCUUGCAUUUUCUUUCAACGAUCCUGCAAUUCUGUCUGACGUCGGCUCUUACACGGGAAUUGAAAUUCCGCGAGACGGAAUUGUCAACCGAGCCUGGACAACGACUCGAACGGGAUCGAAGGAACUUCACCGAACAUCGUUUCACCUGUACAUUUCUUUGCGCAUUAUGUAUCGACAUCGUUAAUUAAGUUCU